AUGCCUGACAAACCUGACGUGGCUGAGAUCAAGAAAUUCAGUAAGUUGAAAUUGAAGAAUACAGAAACGCAAGAGAAAAAUCUGCUGCCUUCCAAACAAACGACAGAAUAG